ACUCGCUUCUAUUGCUGAUGUUGAUAUGAGCUGGUACGGAGUAGUGCUACCUUACUGGAACUGGUGCCGACCUGCCGUCUAGACGACUCCUGCCAGCAGCCGCCGUAUCAAAGGGGGUGACUUGCCAAUAUCGGACAGCUGUAGCGCCAAUCCACCUCAGUUCCCCCCUCCCCAGCCUGGCCAUCCUCAUCGCCUAAUACCUUAUCCCACGCGCACCACCACCAUACGGCGUCGGCAAACCGAGCCCCUCCACUCCUCAUCCCGGUUUUUUCGACCGUGUGUGGCCUAUCUGAUUUUGGGGUCUGGCAAUCUGCAAAUCUGAACCUACCCUAUCGACCGCCGAACCGCUACCGCCAACAACUACACCUCACACUUGGUAUUACCUACCUAACUUACCUGAGGAGCGCCUACCUACCUUACACUACUCUCACCUCGCUCACCUUAUCCCGCCACUUCAGCUCCAACUUCUGGCAAUCACGUUCGAUCCGCUCGCUCUGUUGUCCUCGAAAUCCCACGAUGCGCCCGGGACCAUGUUGACAACAUCUCCCAUCGUCGCCAGCUCCGCCAAUGCCUCGCCCAAUAGCUUCCACUAUGCCCCUACGCGAUCCUCCCCGCACUCAUCUCCUGCCCGGCUUUCGGCCCCUUUGCCGCGGCGGCACUCUGCAUCAAGGUCUUCUCCGUCCGCAGCCUCAAUGACCUCACCUUCCUCCCAACCACGCCCACGACAAUAUGUAGCCGUCGACGCCGGCACCCAAUAUUCUCCCAUGGAGUCUUCCACCCAAAAGGCACAAGAUGCCACCGCCCCGCGCACUCCUACUACCGUCCCUGCGACGCCUGUCGAGCCCCCGCCGACGCCGCGCCCUCAACCCAUAGACCCAUCCGCGCCGCAACGGCAACCAGAACCCCAUCAGCGAUCCCAAACAGAAACACAAUCACAACCGCAGCCCGUCGUGGCACCCGUCAUUCGCGAGGCGUCGACUACCACCGCGUCGCCCGGAAAACGUCGAAACUCUCAAGAUCCUGCCGUCGCGCAAGCGCGGGCGAGCGCAUCGGCAGCGGGCGAGUCGUCGAGCAGCGCGGCUAAGCGCCCAAAGCCCACGGCUGGCCCGCCGAAAAUCCUGCCUCAGCGAUAUGAGCUGUGCAGCACCGAGGACAUGGUUGUACUCAUAUCCCACAUGCUCUCAGAGUUGAUAGAGACCAACGAUGCUCUGGCUCUUCGUUCCGGAAGCCUGACUCGCUUCCACUCAAGAACUGCACCGAGCAUCUCCGUGCUGGAAUAUCUGAAUAGAUUGGCAAAGCAUGCGACGCUAACACCGCCCCUGCUGCUAUCUAUGGUCUACUACAUUGACCGUCUCUGCGCGUUAUACCCAGAAUUCACUAUCAAUACGCUGACUGUCCAUCGCUUUCUGAUCACGGCUGCCACUGUGGCGGCCAAGGGUCUAUCGGAUCUGUUUUGGAACAAUACAACAUAUGCACGAGUUGGAGGCGUUAGAGUCGCCGAGCUCAAGUUGCUGGAGCUUGAAUUUCUAUACAGGGUAGACUGGAAGAUCGUCCCGAACCCAGAAGUCCUUGUGGCUUACUACCGCGGCCUCGUUGAGCGCUGCCCAGGAUAUGCGUUGCAAGAGGAAGACGCAGAAGCGAUUGACGAAGAUGAAGAUUCUGACGAUGUCGAAGAUGAUGGAUCGACAGAGAUUUCCGACGGAGUCGCUGACGACAGCGGAGACUCGCCGGACGAAGAGAGCCCGGCUAAAUCGCCGCAUGGGGAUGAAGCAGGGCCAUCGCAACCCUCAUAACGGCCACCAAGAGAGUUUCAAGGGUAAACUUUUGUUUGUCGAUUCCAUUUUGUUUAAAAAGGGCGGGCAUCACUGCUGCCAGAGAGGCAUGGCAAAGCGGCGUUUGGAAAGGUGGGAUGUUUUGAUGGUUAUGAGUGAUAGCGGUAAUGAAUACCACACUGUUCUGAAUGAUUCUAUAACCAUGUGCGAUUCAAAUUCGAUGACAUGAUGCCUUUGAAUGUGUGAAAGAACGCCUGAUUUCUUUCCCUACAGAAGCUUCC